AUGCAAGCGAAUUGGGGCGGAAGGAAAUUGAGUGUGACAGACUCAGCCCCCGGUGGGCCACCAUUUAUUGGCAUGCGUGUACUUUCUUGCACAGAUGAUGAUGACCAGAAUGUGUUAACCACAUCUGGACCGGCGGCGAAGAGCACGGUUAGCACCGUGACAAACACAACAUCGUCCCCCGUACGCAUUACCAAAUCCAGCCCAGGGACACCGAGUACUAGUCGGAAGAAACAAUUGGGGUUGGUUAUCCGCAAGUGGCCAAUCGAAUCGUCUCCACUGGCAAAACAACAACACUCCAUUCCCAACACAGUCAUGCUAGCAGACGUAACGUGCGACGAACCUUGUGAACAUAACUCCAUGGCUAUCACUGUGGACCCAGAUCUUGCUUUCCCGUUUCCGAAUGCAACGUUCAACGGUCACGGAGUAUCAUUCCCGCGUGGCCAAAAUACACUCGGUGACGGGUAUUUGGGUGAACGGGAGACAAUCGUGCAUCCGAUGCUUCAGUUACCGUUGAGUACGUCCAUCCCGGAUGUGUGUCGUUCGGAUAUGGAUAGGCUAAAACGUUUACAACGUUUCACAACUCAACAAGCUCGAAGUGUGGAGGAAUUGACCAAAAGACAUCGAAAAGUUCUAUUCAAUGAGACGAGUAUCGAUCUUGUCAAUGAGUAUAGUGAUAUGAUGUGUUUUACACACGUUAACAGUUCCAAGUCGAGUAAAAAAGUGUUCUUCUGUGAUAUAUUGUAA